UUUAAAGUUAUUAAGCUCUUAGUCCUUCAAUGGGGGUGGUAAAUGGAAAACAGCAAUUUAUGACAACGGUAUGAUGACUGGCACCCUGGUGUUUAGGGCUUUGACAGCUGACACAGAUGGGAGGGGUCCUUUAUGAUGGCAGAAGCUCUGUUCACACAGCGUGACGUAAAGAUGUCUUGGAUGUGUGGUAGAGAGGCCCCUAUAAUCUUCUCUGCUGUCCUCACUAUGUGCUGCAGGGACUUACGUUCGUGUGCUUUACAGUUUCCAAACCACACAGUGAUACAGUAGGUCAUGAUGUUCUCCACAGUUCCUCUGUAGAAGGUUUUGAGGAUGGGUGAAGGGAGCCGUGCUCUCUUUAGUCUCCACAGAAAGUGCAGGCGUUGUUGUGCUUUCUUCAAUAUGGUACCGGUGUUAACAGACCAGAUGAGGUCAUCAGAAAUGUGUAAGCCAAGAAAUUUGGUGCUUCUGACUCUCUCCACCUCUGAGCCACCGAUAGACAGUGGGCGAUGUUCAGAUUGCAUCCUGCGGAAGUCAACAACCAUCUCCUGUAUUUUAUCCACAUUAAGGGAUAAGUUGUUGUUUUUACACCAACCCAGCAGUAAUUCCACCUCCUCUCUGUAUCGUGCUUCGCCGCUGAUGAGGCCAACCACUGUUGUGUCAUCGGCGAACUUGAUAAUAAGGUUGAAUUCAAACUUGGCUAUACAGUCAUGAGUGAGUAGUGUGAACAAUAAUGGGCUGAGAACGCAACCUUGAGGGGCACCUGUGCUCAGUGUGAUGGAACCUGAUGUUCUAUUAUUGUAUUAAUGUAGUAGAAUAAUUUAUGUUAAUUAUUAAUAUUAAUUAAAAAUUAAUUACUAUUAUUUGUAUAACCAAAGUUUGAUUUUGUUAUUGUUUUAUGAUUUGAUGUGUCUUUUGCCAACGUCCAUUUUACACACUCCUGUCUAGUUAUGCAGUAGAUGGCGGUAUAUAUCCUGAAGAUAUGAUCCGCCAUUAAAAAGAAGAAGAAGGCGCCCUGCAGCUCUUUAGUCCGCCGAUAAAGAAAGAAAGAAAGAAAGAAAGAAAGAGCUCGCGUGUGAUGUCGUGUGUGUGUAUCCUCUCUCUUGAACAUCAUGAUGAUGGAGAUCAAAACUGAACCUACAGAAAUAAAAACUGAACCUACAGAAAUUAAAACUGAACCCACAGCAGAUGAAUAUGAAGACAAUCAUGAUGAUGGUCAUGAUUUUUUUCUCUCAGGUCUAUAUCAAGCCUGCAGCUGUGAUGAUCGAUAUAGAGCGCUAUUGGUUCAAAAGCAUACAAGUCUUCAUAGUUGAGAUGUGAAGAGUGAAUCAUGUUUGGAUGGAGAAAUAACGUCCUCGACUCUUUCCUGCAUCACCGGUGGAGAGACAUUGAGCUCACAGAGACAUGAAGGAAAACAAAGUCAUGAAACCCCUUUUUACUGCACUGAAUGUGGCAAAUAUUACACCACCAAACGAAGUCUUACUGAUCAUAAGAGACUUCACACAGGAGAAAAACCAUACGAGUGUCCUCACUGUGAGAUGAGAUUCAGCCACAAAUCCUAUCUGAGGAAGCAUGUGCUUAUACACACCAAUGAGAGACCGUAUCAGUGCAGUGAAUGUGACAAAGCCUUUACAAAUAAAAGUUAUUUAAAUUUACACCAGAAAACACACACUGGAGAGAAACUCUAUCAGUGUUCACACUGUGAUAAAGGUUUCGGUUAUAAAUCUCAGCUGAUAGCCCAUGAAAGACUUCACACUGGAGAGAAACCUUACGUCUGUAGUGUAUGUGCGAAGAGUUUCAGCGAACGUUCCAAUUUAGUGACACACCUGAGAACUCAUACAGGUGAAAAACCUUACAAAUGCUCUCAGUGUGAGAAGACGUUUACUAAGUCAGGUAACUUAAAAAUCCAUGAGAGAGUUCACACUGGAGAGAAACCUUACCUCUGCUCUCAAUGUGGGAAGAGCUUCUCUUCUUCAAGUACUUUGACUCUUCAUGCAAGAGUUCACACUGGAGAGAAACCUCAUCAAUGUGGUGUUUGUGGAAAGAGUUUUAAAAAACCUGCCAAUUUAGUGUCACACCAGAGAAUUCAUACAGGUGAUAAACCUUUCAAAUGCUCUCAGUGUGAGAAAACGUUUACUGAGUCAGGUUCCUUAAAAGCCCAUCAGAGAGUUCAUACUGGAGAGAAACCUUACCACUGUGAUGUUUGUGAUAAGAGUUUUAAUCAACAUUACAAUUUUGUGUCACACCAGAGAAUUCAUACAGGUGAAAAACCUUACAAAUGCUCUCGUUGUGAGAAGACGUUUACUCAUUCAAGUUCAUUUAAAGCCCAUCAGAGAGUUCAUACUGGAGAGAAACCUUACGUCUGCUCUCAAUGUGGGAAGAGCUUCUCUACUUCAACUAAUUUGACUCUUCAUCUAAGAGUUCACACUGGAGAAAAACCUUAUCACUGCUCAAUCUGUGAGAAGAGCUUCACUGGUCUAAGUACUUUUAAAGUUCAUGAGAGACUUCACACUGGAGAGAAACCUCAUCACUGUAGUGUUUGUGGAAAGAGUUUUAAUCAACAUGAACAUUUAGUGUCACACCAGAGAACUCAUACAGGUGAAAAACCCUACAAAUGCUCUCAUUGUGAGAAGACUUUUACUCAUCCAAGUUCCUUUAAAGACCAUGAGAGAGUUCAUACAGGAGAGAAACCUUACGUCUGCUCGAUCUGUGGAGAGAGAUUUGCUGCUUCUAGAAGUCUCCAGAAUCAUCAGAAGAAAAAACAUACUGAAGAACAAACUACAUUGAAAUAAUUUUAAAAAAAAAGACACAGGACAAUCUCUUUCUCCUAAAAAUUGUCAACAGUUAAACAUUUUGUUUUUUAAAAAGUUUGAUAUUAAUUAUAUUACAGUUUUUCUGAAUUGCUAAAACACUAAACUCCAAUCUCUGAACCAAAUUCAUAGUGGCCUAAACCCAUCUGUCUCAUCAUGCACUCUUUUAGCAAAAUUCUAAACACAAACUUCUCACUAAAACACACAUUUCACACUGCAAUGCACUUGUUUUAUAAAUGCUAAACACAGGCAGGCAAAAGUUGAACACAACUACAACACUUUAAUCAUCAAGUAAACACAACAACUCAAAAUUCUACACACUUUUAUCUAAUGGUAUUUUUUACCAAUUGUGUGGAUUGGAAACAGUCUGAAAGGCAGAUGAAGAGUAUGAGGAAGAAAAGGACACCAGAGACGAUGCAAUCGGCAAAAUUUGCAGUUGGAUUGCUGACUUUUUACAAAAUACAAGUGCUGCUUACAGUAAUAUUGAAAACGUACUAUUACUUGCAGUAAAGUAUUCACUGAACUAAACUUGUGAUUACAGUAAUACAGAUUUUUUUACAGUAUUUGUCAAGUGUGUUGUUAUGUACAAUAAACAUGUAUUUUUCUGUAAGCAGAUCUCCUGGUUGUUGUGUUUUCCAUUUUUUAAGGUAGUGUCUAAUGGAUGCUCUGUAGUGUUUUAUAUUAUAGACUUAUGUGUGUAUGAUUUGAAAGCUUAGUUUGAUUUUGAGUACAAGUGAAAUGGUUUUGAAGGAAUUGUUUGAUUUUGCUAGAAGAGUCAGGGGUUCUGGGAAUUUUGUUUAAAAUUGGGAUUUGUGCUUAAGGUUUUGAGAAAAUGAGUGAUGGUUUCAAAAAAUGUGUUUUAGCAAUUCAGAAAAACUGUAAUGCAUUUCAAUAAAUUUAAUGUUAAAACACUGCUUUAACAUUACUGAUGAAAUUGUGUUUUUUUCUUUCCUUUGUUUGUGAAUUGGGGGGGGGGGGGGGUUGAGAGGUAGAGGAUAAAAAUGUUUGCUAUGUGUUAUAUGACAUGUUAUUCACUGUAUUAUUUGAUGUGAUCUGCAAACUAAAAAUAUAAUAAAUAUAUGGUUAAAAAACAAUUCUAGUCUGUAACUUGACAAAUGACCAUAGUGGCUUUCUGUGUGCAUUAAAGGAUAUUAAAUGUUAUGCAGUUAAAAUCCUUUAAUGCAUACACAAUAAAUGAACACUGCUGGCCUGGGUCUAUAUAUGGGGCAGCUGUUUUUUGAUUUUUACAUCACUGUUGGAUUUCAAAGGAAAAUUGAAACUAUACACUUUGUUGUAUUUGGUAUACCACCUGUAUUUCCCAAAAUACCUUGCACAUAUAUGAUUUACCAAUCCACAUCACCCAGCAAAUGUACAUUUCAAUACCACACUGGAAAGUGAUUGACUCUUUCUUAAGCCCUAUUCGGAUGGGAUUAGUAUCACCUGGUGACCUCUAGUGAUUUGUAAUAAUUGCGGAGGUUGUCUCCGCAAAUUCCCCCGCAAAUGACCUACCAUAUUUCGCCGAACACAUUAGUCCCGUGCGAAUUGGGAUCUCUGUAAUUUGUUCAGGAUUUGGUGAUCAUAUAUAAUUGUCAAGGCUUUUGUUACCACGUGCGCCUGGUUUAUUUCGUUUUUCUCUGUUUCUGUGCCAGCGCCAGAGGAUUAGGGACAAGCUAAUAUAAAACCAUCUCGAGAAUUUCAAGAAAAAAGUCAGAAUAUAAUUUGGAGAUUGAAGUCAUUAUUUAUCAAGAAUAAAGUAAUACAAUUUCAAGAAUAAAGUUAUUAUUUAACAAGAAUAAAGUCGUACAAUUUCGAGAAUGAAGUCAUUAUUUAAUGAGAAUAAAGUUGUAAAAUCUCGAGAAUAAAGUCAUUAUUUAACGAGAAUAAAGUCGUAAAAUUUCGAGAAUAAAGUCUUUUACCAAGAAUAAAGUUGUAAUAAUUUG